UCGUACGGACUAGAUUUAUUUGGCCGCAUAUAAAAUGUCAGAGCGAUCGAGACCUAGGGCUUACCUGUCUCGGUGUCUCACUCGCUUUCGACGUGGAGGUAUUCGGCAAGGCGCUCCUCUCUGGUCUCUUCUCAGCUCGAAGCCGAGCAUCUACAGGAGGGGUCACCAAGUCGGGCAAUUACUUGUCUAGAUUCAUGGCCACCAAGUCCAACACCAAGAACACGGCAUCAAAGAAGAAGGAGGUGAAGAAAGAAACUGGACUCGGUUUGACCUACAAGAAAGAUGAUAAUUUUGGUGAAUGGUACUCUGAGGUUGUUGUUACUAGUGAAAUGAUUGAGUACUACGACAUAUCUGGUUGCUACAUCUUGAGACCAUGGACAAUGGCCAUUUGGGAAACCUUACAAACUUUUUUUGAUGCUGAAAUAAAAAAGAUGAACAUCAAGAAUGCUUAUUUCCCUCUAUUCGUUACUGAAAAUGUCCUUCAAAAGGAAAAGGAUCAUAUUGAAGGUUUUGCUCCUGAGGUUGCUUGGGUGACCAAGUCUGGGCAGUCUGAAUUGGAAGUGCCUAUUGCAAUACGCCCGACAAGUGAGACUGUCAUGUAUCCAUAUUUUUCAAAAUGGAUCAGGGGUCAUCGUGAUUUGCCAUUGAAGCUUAACCAAUGGUGCAAUGUUGUUAGAUGGGAAUUCAGCAAUCCUACUCCUUUUAUCAGGAGCCGAGAAUUUCUAUGGCAAGAAGGGCAUACAGCUUUUGCAACUCAAGCUGAAGCAGAUCAAGAGGUACUUCAAAUCUUGGAAUUAUAUAGGAAAAUAUAUGAAGAAUUCCUUGCGGUUCCUGUUGUUAAGGGUAAGAAAAGUGAAUUAGAAAAGUUUGCUGGCGGCUAUUAUACUACCACUGUCGAGGCCUUUAUUCCAAAUACUGGCCGUGGAAUACAAGGUGCAACCUCACAUUGCUUGGGGCAAAACUUUGCAAAGAUGUUUGAGAUAAAUUUUGAGAAUGAGAAAGGCGAGAAGUCCAUGGUCUGGCAGAAUUCUUGGGCAUACACUACUCGAACGAUUGGGGUUAUGGUGAUGGUCCAUGGAGAUGAUAAAGGCUUGGUUUUACCACCCAGAGUGGCAGCAGUGCAAGUUGUUGUGAUUCCUGUACCAUACAAGGAUGCAGAUACAGAUGCUAUUUUUAAUGCUUGCUCAUCGACAGUUCAGAUGCUUUGUGAAGCAGGCUUUAGAGCUGAAGUUGACUUGAGAGAUAACUAUUCCCCUGGCUGGAAGUAUUCACACUGGGAAAUGAAAGGUGUUCCUUUGAGGAUUGAAAUUGGACCGAAGGAUUUAGCAAAUAACCAGGUACGAGUUGUUCGUCGUGACAAUGGUGCUAAAACAGAUAUACCAACUGGCACUUUGGUGGAUCAAGUUAAAGAGAUACUCACAAGCAUCCAGGAAUGCUUGUUUAAUGCUGCAAAACAGAAGAGAGAUGCAUGUGUAAAGGUUGUCAACACUUGGGAUGAGUUUGCCUCUGCUCUGAAUGAGAAAAAGAUGAUCCUUGCUCCUUGGUGUGAUGAAGAGGAAGUUGAGAAGGAUGUAAAAACUCGAACAAAGGGUGAACUUGGAGCUGCCAAGUCCCUAUGCAUCCCAUUUGAUCAGCCAAGACUCCCUGAAGGCACUCUUUGCUUUGCUUCAGGAAAGCCUGCAAAGAAGUGGGCAUACUGGGGACGAAGCUAUUAGGCACUCUUUGCUUUUUUUUCUGACAUUUAAUUGUGAUUUUUACAAUUUCUGCUUCCAAGAGUUUUUUUUAAGUGUGAUGUGUCUAAAUUAAGUAGAUAUACAGUUAUUUAAUCAGUUAAAAAGAAAGGUUGAUGUAGCCCUUAUUACAUACUCGUUUUGGUUUAACUAAGAAAAUAUUGAGUCUGA